UUACAGAACCCUUGAAGCUGUCUACUUCUGUCAUUGUCUGAGGUCGCAACAAUGGCGUCGAACAAUGAGGCUGAUAGAGAGACAGAAAACCAGAACACUGUAGAAGAAGAUGAAAAUGUUUCUAUUGAGGAGGUGGCUUUAUCUGUUCCCGUAACCGACGACCCAAAAAUGCCAGUGAUGACCUUUCGUGCAUGGUUUCUGGGUUUGACUUCGUGCACCUUGCUAAUCUUCCUCAACACGUUCUUCACCUACCGAACGCAGCCGCUUACCAUUUCUGCCAUCGUCAUGCAGAUUUCCGUGCUCCCAAUUGGGAAAUUCAUGGCCAGAACUCUCCCCACGAGGGAGAUGAGCAUUCUCGGUUGGAGGUUCAGUCUGAAUCCGGGUCCUUUCAACAUGAAAGAGCAUGUUAUCAUCACCGUCUUUGCCAACUGUGGAGUGUCCUAUGGUGGUGGUGAUGCUUACUCCAUUGGUGCCAUCACUGUCAUGAAGGGUUUCUAUAAGCAAAGCUUGAACUUUCUUUGUGCUCUCCUCAUCGUCUUGACCACGCAGAUAUUGGGAUAUGGGUGGGCGGGGAUGCUAAGGAGGUACUUGGUGGAUCCUGUUGAGAUGUGGUGGCCUUCGAAUCUUGCUCAGGUUUCUCUAUUCAGAGCACUACAUGAGAAGGAACCGAAUAGUAAAGGCCUAACCAAGAUGAAGUUUUUCCUUAUUGCAUUUGUGGCAAGCUUUGUUUAUUAUGCAUUUCCUGGCUACAUCUUCCCAAUUUUAACAUUCUUCUCAUGGGUGUGUUGGGCAUGGCCUCACAGUAUAACAGCUCAACAAAUAGGUUCUGGUUACCAUGGACUUGGUAUCGGUGCCUUUACACUUGACUGGGCAGGUAUUUCAGCUUAUCAUGGCAGUCCACUAGUAACACCCUGGAGUUCAAUUCUCAAUGUUGGGGUUGGAUUUGUGAUGUUCAUCUACAUAAUUGUACCAUUGUGUUACUGGAAGUAUGACACCUUCGAUGCUCGAAAAUUCCCCAUAUUUUCUAACAAGUUGUUCACUUCUGCUGGGAAAGAAUAUGAUACCACCAAGAUUUUGACCCCUCAGUAUGAACUCAAUAUUCCAGCUUAUGAUAGUUAUGGGAAGCUCUUUCUCAGUCCUCUGUUUGCUCUGUCAAUUGGAUCAGGGUUUGCAAGGUUUACUGCCACCCUCACUCACGUUGCACUCUUUCAUGGAAGUGAUAUUCUGAAGCAGAGCCGAUCAGCAAUGAAGAAUGUAAAAUUGGACAUCCAUGCAAGACUGAUGAAAAGUUACAAACAAGUGCCUCAGUGGUGGUUCUGCAUUCUGUUAAUAGGAAGCAUUGCACUUUCCCUUUUAAUGUCUUUUGUGUGGAAAGAUGAAGUGCAGCUGCCAUGGUGGGGCAUGCUCUUUGCCUUUGCUUUGGCUUGGAUUGUUACCCUUCCAAUUGGUGUCAUUCAAGCCACUACAAACCAGCAACCUGGAUAUGACAUUAUUGCACAAUUCAUGAUUGGGUAUGUUCUACCAGGAAAACCAAUUGCCAAUCUUCUUUUCAAGAUUUACGGUCGUCUCAGCACAGUCCAUGCUCUAUCUUUCUUAUCUGAUCUUAAACUUGGACACUACAUGAAAAUUCCUCCACGGUGCAUGUACACAGCUCAGUUGGUGGGAACUUUUGUUGCAGGUGCAGUCAAUCUUGCAGUUGCGUGGUGGAUGCUGGAGAAUAUUGAGAACAUUUGUGAUGUUGAUUCAUUGCAUCCUGACAGCCCGUGGACUUGCCCCAAGUACAAAGUAACCUUUGGUGCUUCUGUUAUCUGGGGAUUGAUUGGACCGAAGCGGCUGUUUGGACCUGGAGGUAUGUACCGGAACUUGGUAUGGUUAUUCCUCAUUGGAGCAAUCUUGCCAGUUCCUGUCUGGGUAUUGAGCAAAAUUUACCCAGAGAAGAAAUGGAUUCCCUUGAUAAACAUCCCUGUUAUAUCUUAUGGAUUUGCUGGAAUGCCACCGGCAACUCCCACCAACAUAGCAAGCUGGCUUGUCACAGGAAUGAUCUUCAACUAUUUCAUAUUCCAAUACCGCAAGCGCUGGUGGCAAAAGUACAACUAUGUUCUGUCAGCUGCACUGGAUGCAGGAACAGCAUUUAUGGGUGUUCUGUUGUUCUUUGCUUUUCAAAACGAGGGUAUAAAUUUGAAAUGGUGGGGCACUCAUGUUGAUCAUUGUCCUCUGGCGACAUGUCCAACUGCUCCAGGAAUUGCUGUUAAAGGAUGUCCAAUUUUUAAGUAGCUAUAUUUGGACAGGGAGAAUGAAUGAUAUGUAACAAAUUUGUUUCCCAUCUUUGUACGUCCUUAUUUACUGUCAUUAGAAGUGAAGUAGACAAGCUGCUUCUGUAUGGUUAAUAGCAGAAACUUACCGCCCUCAAGUUCCAUACAGCUGUUACUAGUAGCUAAUCAUAAAAAUAAAAUAAGAAUUGCUCUUUCUACCUUCAA